GUCCAGCCCGCUGCUACUACCAGUGCCUGUGGUUCCUGGGGUCGUCCGCUCUGCACGGCGCCACCUGCCCGGUGCGGUUUGCAGAGGCGCUGCGGCCGUGAAGCACGAGAGCGCGGUGCCCGUCGGGCGGCGUUCUCAUAGCGAGGGCCGCCAUGGCCUUCUCCCAGGUGCAGUGUCUGGACGACAAUCAUGUGAACUGGCGCUCCAGCGAGUCGAAGCCCGAGUUCUUCUACAGCGAGGAGCAGAGGCUGGCCCUGGAGGCCCUGGUGGCCCGCGGUCGCGACGCCUUCUAUGAGGUGCUGAAGCGCGAGAACAUCCGCGACUUUCUGUCGGAGCUGGAGCUUGCGCGCAUCGUGGAGGCCAUCGAGGUGUACGACCCGGGCUCCGAGGACCCGCGGGGCUCGGGCUGCCGCCCCGAGCCCCAGGACAACGGCGGCGCGGAUGCCAGCGAGGAUGCCAGCGCGGCGGAAGGACCCCCAGCCACGGCUGAGCCGCAGCCCUCGCUGGAGUACUGGCCCCAGAAAUCGGAUCGCUCCAUCCCGCAGCUGGACCUGGGCUGGCCUGACACCAUCGCCUACAGGGGUGUCACCCGGGCCAGUGUCUACAUGCAGCCACCCAUCGACGGACAGCCGCACAUCAAGGAAGUGGUGCGCAAGAUGGUCAGCCAGGCGCAGAAGGUGAUAGCUGUGGUCAUGGACAUGUUCACUGAUGUGGAUAUCUUCAAGGACCUGCUGGAUGCUGGCUUCAAGAGGAAGGUGGCUGUGUACAUCAUUGUGGAUGAGAGUAACGUCAAGUACUUCUUGCACAUGUGUGAGCGGGCCCGCAUGCACCUGGGGCACCUCAAGAAUCUCAGGGUGCGCAGCAGCGGGGGAACAGAGUUCUUCACACGGUCAGCCACCAAGUUCAAGGGUGUCCUGGCCCAGAAGUUCAUGUUUGUGGAUGGAGAUCGGGCUGUGUGUGGCUCUUACAGCUUCACAUGGUCAGCUGCAAGGACGGACCGGAAUGUGAUCUCUGUGCUGUCUGGUCAGGUGGUAGAGAUGUUUGAUCGGCAGUUUCAGGAGCUGUACCUCAUGUCUCAAGGUGUCAGCCUCAAGGACAUCCCCAUGGAGAAGGAACCAGAGCCAGAUCCCAUUGUGCUACCAUCUGUGGUGCCCUUGGUACCCACGGGCACCAUGGCCAAGAAGCUUGUCAACCCCAAGUAUGCACUGGUCAAGGCCAAGAGUGUGGAUGAGCUUGCCAAGACUUCCUCUGAGAAACAGGAGGUUGCGAGGUCCCCAGGGCUUCAGGGCCCCACAGUUGCUGAACGCCCAGGGGACCUCUCUGAACUGCUACCACCUAUCCACCCGGGGCUGCUCAACCUGGAGAGGGCCAACAUGUUUGAGUACUUGCCCACAUGGGUGGAGCCGGACCCAGAGCCUGGCAGUGACAUCCUGGGCUACAUCAACAUUAUUGAUCCCAACAUCUGGAACCCUCAGCCCAACCAGAUGAACCGCAUCAAGAUCCGUGACACGGCCCAUGCCAGCACCCAGCACCAGCUAUGGAAGCAGAGCCAGGAGGCCCGACCCUGCCCAGAACCCUGUCCUCCCCCAGCACCCAGGGACUCCCAGGAUGUGGUCCCAGCUGAGAAUGGCUUCCCCCAGGGGAACCCUGAACCACAGGCCCCUGUACCUAAGCCCCGGACAGUUCCUGUGGCAGAUAUUCUUGCCCAGGAUGGUAGUGAUAUUGGCUGGGCCCUAGAGACCCCAAAAAAGGAGACACCCCCAAAUGGGAUAGACCCCAGGCUACCCACGACAACCUGCCAGAACCAGGUCUCACUACAGCAACAGUUAUCCCUGACCCAGGAUGACCCUGAUGGCCCGGAGACAGGACUCCCCAAUGGGCUGGAUCCGGAGGAGGAGGAAGAUGAUGACGACUACGUGACCCUCAGUGACCAGGACAGCCUCUCAGGCAGCUCUGGCCCUGGCCCUGGCCACCGGCGGCCUUCGGUGGCCUCAUCCAUGUCAGACGAGUACUUUGAAGUGAGGGAGCGGUCAGUACCUCUCCAGAGGCGUCACUCAGAGCAGAUGGCCAAUGGGCCAGGCCACCCACCCCGACGACAGCUGAGUGCCCCUCAUGUAACCCGAGGGACCUUUAGUGGUCCUCUGAGUGGCAGCCCCCUGUGGGCCCAGGGUCGGGGCAGAGAAGAUGUAGAUACAUCAAGAAUGCAACCACAACGCCCUAUGGACAAGCAGGCUCAGGGCCAGCACUUCCACCGACAUGGGGGCACUACCUCAAGGACCCCGGGGCCUCCCCGUUACCGGCCUGCUGCUGAUGGCACCCAGAGCUCUCCCAAGAAAGCAAGCCCAGCCACAGCAGGCCCCCACCACUGGCAGCCCAAGGGUGGCCCAGCACCCCGAAUGCUACCAGAUCCUGGGAGUCCAAGGCCAACCCGAAACACUCGCCUCCGAGCAGAGCUCACGGCCACCGAGGAACAUCCAAGUCCCUUCGGAAUCCCAUACUCAAAAUUGUCCCAGUCGAAGCACCUGAAGGCCAGGGCAGGUGGCAGCCAGUGGGCCCCAUCGGACUCUAAGCGCAGGGCCCGAGACCAUAAGGAACCCUAGCAGCUGAACUGUACCCCAACCCCACCCCAGAGGGCAGCAGGAGAGGGAUGGGCAAUGUUGGUGCUCACCUGGUCAGUGCACCAGUACCAGGUGGCCAUGAUGGUCAGACCAAAGGUCAUCCCAGUCCACGGGAGGUCUCCUGUGGAAGGGUCCCGGAACAUGUGCAUGGCGUCUGCUCGCGGCAGGUGGCAGGUGGUGUUGGGGAUGGUCCUGGAGGGAAUGGCCUGGGCAUAUGCUGCCUCCAGCUGCUCAUAACCACCGAUCUUGUUGAAAGCUGGAGGGUUGGGCACAGGUGGGUUGGUUUUGGGUGGCCCCGACUCCCUGGCUCCUACUACCCUCGUCUCACAGAUAACUUCAUGCAUCAGACUGGAGUCCCUACCUCACCUUGCCUGCUCUAGGAAGGGUCGAGGUUUAAAAAAAGAAAAAAAAAAGUGAAAUAGAGUAUUUUAUUUGUAUUUAAAAUGUAACUAUUACAUGAGCAUUUUGCACAUGGGCCCACAGUGUCCUGUUGGCCAGCAGGAGUCAUGGCUAGUCUCCGGAAGACUGCUGGCCUCAGGCUGGGGUUCUCUGCCAGUCUUUGGACUGGCCCUUCAAGGAGGUGGAAGAGGGUUUCUUGGUGUUUGAGUCAUCUAGUACUGAAGCCAUGACCUGGGCUUCUGAAGGCUAUGACUUCAGCAGAGCGGAGACACUGCUGGCAUGUGGCCCCUUCCUUCCAAGACACAGAGAAGGGAGGCAGAGGCUCCUCUGCGUCUCAUGGUCAGCCUAGCAGGUAGGGCUCAGGCCAAGGGUCUUUCCUCUGAGUCCAGGACAUGUCUUAUCUACCUCAGGGUUGGGUGGUGCAAGGCCAAGCCCUGGCCUAGCAGUGUCUAUAGUCACUCCCCUCUCGUCCAGCCUGUGCAUGGCCAUGAGACCCCUCGCCUGCAGGAGAUUCUGGAAACAGAGGCUGUUACCCUGGGAGGAGCACACCUGGACGUAGGACAGCUUCUGGCAUCGCCCCAGGCUCCCUUUCCCAGCGAGGUGUGGGGCUAGGAGCCUAGGUAGGCCAGGGCCUGUUUCACCAGGAAUCUCUGUGAGGAGGCCCAGGGGUAGCCUCUGCCACAGGGUCUCAGACCCUGAGCUGAGGUUUCACCUUUAAAACCACCCACCUUAGGACCUAUCUUUCCUCCCUCCCUGUCUCCCCAGCUCUUUCCCUCCCAGGGCAUCAGUAGAACUCACCUGUCUGUUUCUAGACUAGUGUUACCUGUCCAGCAUACCUCCCUCCCUGCAGGCUUUUUGUCUGACGGGAGACAGCACCUCCUAGGACUCUGCACUUGACUUUAAGCGCUGGAUGAAACACCUCAGCUGUUUUGUGGUCUGCUAAUUGUAUGCCUGCACGGCUGCCUGCUGCGAGGCCUGCCUAGCCCUGAGGGAGCCUCGGCAGCACCUCACCACUGCGCCCUUCUAGGCAGGAGGAAGCAGAGCCUACCAGCCAAGGAGACCAGUAGUGGGGCAGAUCCACUGUGGCUUAACCUAAAGAACUUCAGGGUGCUGGGACAGCCCACCCUUGCCCAGCCCCCAGACCUCACCUUUGACUGCCAGAAUGACAGCGCCCACCACCAUGAUGACCGUCUGCAGGGCAUCUGUGUAUAUCACAGUGGCCAGGCCCCCUGCCGGGAACAAGGUUGCUGGAUAAGUGUCCCAUCCCUGAGCUGGGAGAGUCUGUCUGACCAGCAUCACCUGCUGGUGGGUGUGCUAUCCUUGGAGAUGGGUAAGCUGUGCACCAAAGUACCUGAGCGGUUAGCCAGCCCCCAGAUCCCUGUCUGACACCUGUGAACUGGCCACUCCCAGGCCCUCCACCCCCAUGCUGUGGGAAGGUUUCCCCUGCAUGUAUCCCUGGCUCCUUGUUCCUGGUGGGCUUUCAGGAACCGUACCUGCGAUGGUGUACACAGCCGUGAUGGCGAGGGUGAGGAGGGUGGACAGGUAGAAAUUCCAGCCCAGGCAGAUGUGAACAAACAGGGCUCCUGCAUACAGGUCAAUCUGGGGAAAGAGAGUUGGGCAGAAGUCAGACAUUGUAGUGAGAAAGGGGCUCAGAGUCUGGGGCUGUACUCACUGGCUUUGUGACUCGGCCUCAGCCAUCGUUAAGUGUAGGUGUCCCAGGGAAGAGGAAGAGAGACACCCCACACAAGCUGUUCAUCACCUGGUGGGGUAGUUGAGGGUGGGAGAGAGAACUGGCUGUGGACAGCUGUGUGUCAUGUUCAGAUGUAUGGCGAAUGUUACUGUCACAAUAAAAUUCAAAGUGGCCAGA